CGCAUCCCUUCACCUUUCUCAGGAACCUGUCUGGUUGUCCUUCCUUAUUUGACCAUUUAUCUACUUGAACAGCUGUGCUUCGUGUAUUUCGUUGCUUUGAAGCGGCUGAGAGAAUCGUCUGGGACAGAUGGCCCACUCUGAAGAUGCACCCCUGGCCACAGGGAGUCUGGCAGGCAGCGAGGAAGCCCUUGUUCUCUCUGGAAGACCAAGAGGGGGCUCCAACAGCCGUGCCUUGAAGAUAGCAGGCCUGACAACCCUGGCAUGUCUGCUGCUGGCCAGCCAGGUCUUCACUGCCUACAUGGUAUUCGGCCAGAAGGAGCAGAUCCACACGCUGCAGAAGAACUCGGAGAGAAUGACCAAGCAGCUGACCCGCUCCUCCCAGGCGGUGGCUCCAGUGAGGAUGCACAUGCCCAUGAGCAGCCUUCCUAUGCUGAUGGACUUCACGGAUGAGGACUCCAAGGCAACCAAGACACCCCUGACUAAACUGCAAGACACUGUUGUCAGUGUGGAGAAACAGGUGAAGGAUCUCAUUCAGGACUCCCAGCUGCCACAGUUCAACGAGACCUUCAUGGCCAAUCUGCAGAGCCUGAAGCAGCACAUCAAUGAGAGCGAGUGGCAGAGCUUUGAGUCCUGGAUGCGUUACUGGCUGAUCUUCCAGAUGGCCCAGAAGACACCUGUGCCCCCAACAGCUGACCCAGCCUCUUUGAUCAAGACCAAAUGCCAGAUGGAGGCAGCACCUGGACCCAGCAAGAUCGGGUCCUACAAGCCCCAGUGUGACGAGCAGGGCCGCUACAAGCCCAUGCAGUGCUGGCACGCCACUGGCUACUGCUGGUGUGUGGAUGAGACUGGCACAGCCAUUGAGGGCACCACCAUGCGCGGCCGCCCCGACUGCCAGAGAGGCUCAAUGCCUCGCCGUGUGAUGCUUGCACCCAGGCUGAUGCAGAAGACCCUCAGCUUUGAUGAUCAGUAAAAGUCUUGGAUGCUUCUUUGAUCCACCAAUCUUCGCGGGCAUGACAAAUCUGUAAUUUUAAGCUGGAUGCUGACCCACAUGCCAAUUUCUUUUAAUUCCAUAAAUCAGUUAAUCUUUCAUGUAUUCUCUUGAUUUUAACCAUUCUCCUGGCUGCUUGAAAUCAAAUCAAUAGAGGCCUGUUACAGUUUAUUGCUUUUAAUAUUUGCAGUUUUUGUCUUUAAAACAGAAUGAUUUUGGGGUGUUCUCAUUGACAUUUUUAUCCUAGAUGUUCAUAUCAUCUUCAGUAUAUUAAAGUGUGUGUGUAAUAAACAUGUCUGUCUCUGAGGAAUGCUUAAAGGGUCGGUUCACCCAUUUUACAUAUUUCCCCCUUACCGCUACUAGGUUUUACUUACCCAUUUUUCAAGAUAUCAUCUCUGAGGUGUAUGCCUCAAGAACCCUGCAAUGGAGGAGAUUGUUUUUUUUGUGGUGCACACAGCAUUGAAAAAUUAUAUUUAACAAUAUAGUCACACUCUUUACAGAAACAGUGUCCCCUGUUUCUCUGAAUAACCCGCAGACCACACUGGGGACAGUUUUCAUAGGCAUUAUUUCUUUGGUAGUAUUUCCAAUAAAAACUGUUGCCAGUGUAGUCUGUGGGCCAUUCAGAGUAAUGGGGACACGGUUUCUUGAAAGAGAUGUGGCUGUUUAAUUGUUGGAAUGUUUUUCAAUGCUGCAUGGACCACCAAUGAAAACCCAGCUACUUGUUUUACUUUUUAAGUUUAAUUUUUUUCAUUGGGGUGAACCAGCCCUUAGAAGUGUGCGACACUGUGACUGUAUGAGGGAUUGAUUUUCCUGUGUAGGUAUUGUAGGUAUGUGUUAAGAAGGCUAAAUAAAGUUUUCCUAACCACA